GAAACUGCAUUGCUGUACUAAAGCUCUGAACUAGCUAGCAACGCGUCUUAGAUAUAUUCCACCAAGCAAAAGCCACAUCAUGCUGUGCUGUGCCGUGCCAAAUUAAAACCACAUCGUGGCCUUCAAGUUUCUGCUAGCUUCGUCCUUCGUUGCUAAUCCCAGCCAGUUAAUCAAUUAAUUCGUCAGAUAGAUAGAUAUAUAUACGCGUUCAUCAGCGUACGUUCUUAUAGCUAGAACUCAUCCUGCUGUGCAAAACCUGCAUCACUAGCUAGCUAGCUAGCUCUGAAUCCUCUAGUUGUCUGAUCUCGAUCGAUCGAUCGACAACUAUCUCGUCCACAUCAAGAAAGCAAAGUUUUCUUGAGCUACGAAUCAAUCGAUCGAUCGAUCGCCAUGGGCAACAGAAACGAGCAGCAGGAGGAGGAGCAGCGGCGGGCGAGGGUGCCGGCGUUCGGCGAGUGGGACGAGAUGAAGGCCGCCGGCGUGCUGCCGGACUACUCCCUCGACUUCUCCAAGAUCCGCGCCGUCCGCAUGCAGCGCAAGGAGGGUGGGCCCCUCACCACCUGGUCCUCCACCGCCGCCGGCGGCGUAGAGGUCGGCGGCGAGACGGAGCGGCGCUCAUCGUCGGCCGCCGGCGUCGUCGUCGACGGCCGUGAUCGCCGCCGCCGCCGCCACCGCCACCGCCGACACAGCAGCGACGGCGGCGCCGACCUCCGCCGGCCGCUCCGGCACGACCGUGCUGCAGCUCCCAAGUUUUGAUCCUAGCAGGAGAGGAGCAAGCUGGGCUACCUGUUCUGUUGCAUUGCUGGAUGAAGGGCAUUGGCAGAAAAAAAAAAUUCAAAUGCAAGAAGGCAAUUCAAGAAAAAACUUAGUGCUCAUACAUGUUUAAUUUCUCCCUCGUAUUUCUGCCAUCUCUCACCGAUCGAUCUGUUGGUGAUUUGGUGGAUGUUGGUGUUCCAUAUAUAACAGCUCGUUGCAUCUGUAAUGUUAGGCUGUCUAGGAAUUCUUUGCUGUAAAAAAAGAAAAUAAAUUCUUGGUUAAUUUUGAUUUUGCCUGGGAUGAAAGCCAUUGAUUUGUAGCCUGUACAUUGCACAUGUUGUAAAUAGUGAAGUCGAGAGUUAUUUUCGCAAUUUUUAAAAUUAAAAUGGUUUCUUCCGAUCUCUUUGAUACCACAGGCGGGCUAAAAAUUAGUAGUCGUUUGGAUUCUGAAGAAUUCAUCGGUGCAGUGAACAACAAGCAUACUGAUCUUAUAGGAUUCGUAAAGGAAAAGGUGAAAUGAUUUCAGAAGAGACGAACAAAAUGAAACGGAAAGUUAAAAAAAUGUCAAAUUAGGGGUAAUACCAGGGACGAUAUUGAAUAAUGUAGGUAGCCAAAAGCUAUCUGUAAUGGAGGAAAAACGAGAGACUGCAAAGUGGCAAAAGGACCCACCUGUAGAAAAGGGGAAUAGGCAAGGGCGUGAUGAGAAGAUCCCGGGGGCAUAUAUGUAAGGAAAACCAUGGUCGUCAGGGACUAACUCGUGAAUUCACAAAAUUGACCAUUUGUGGGUCUGUCUGCAAAGGGAGAGAUUGAGGGUGCAACUGAAAAGAAAACGUGGAAAAAGGACCGAAUUGUAAGAUUCGUAAUAGGCGGAGGGGCAUAUCUGCAACGAAAAUACUUGUAACUCAGGGACCUGGAUGGAAAUCUCAAAAAAAUUUGGACCAUUUCUCGAUUUGUGCGUGUCAUCCUUGCGCAGGGGCCAUGCUAAUCUUCU